AUAACAAUGGGGUAGCCCCAAUUAGGUUCGCCACCACUUUCCGCUGUUAUGCUACAGUUCGUUGCCCUUGGCAGUUUUCCACUAAUUCCUAUUCAGUCGGGAACGCCCCGAUGAUCAAUGGAAGAUUUCUCCCCUCCACAUCUUAUAACUCAGUUCUGCGGAAAUCCCUAUUGAGCGAGGUAGGGCUAUAUAACUUAUCAGUCGCCUCCACUCACAGUGUUUUCCGAGAACUAGGACCAUCUGUAUCGUUAGUGGAUUUGCAACAGAAGAUGACCAUCAAUUGCAUAAAGAUGACAGAGAAGGUCGAAGGGAUGCCCCAACCUUUGGAAGCGGAAGGUUCGCCCAUCCAACAGUUCUACCAGGACAAAUGUGUGCUUAUCACGGGAGGAACAGGAUUUCUGGGCAAGGUUCUGACGGAGAAGCUGCUGAGGAGCUGUUCCGGGGUCAGUCAGAUCUUCCUGAUCGCCCGACCCAAGAAAGGGAAGACAAUUCAUGAGAGGAUCGAUGACAUCUUCAGUGAUCCGCUGUUUGCCAAAAUACCUGCCAAAGCCCGCCUCAAAGUCGAAGCCAUAGAGGGCGACUGCGCCGUGCCUGGCCUAGGGCUCUCGGACCAGGACCGUUGUCUCCUCGUAUCAAAGGUCCAUAUAAUCAUCCACGCCGCCGCAACAGUCCGCUUCGACGAGAGACUCUCUAUAGCCGUCGACAUCAACGUCAGAGGCACACGAGAAAUGCUUGAUCUGGCGAGAGAGAUGCCUGGACUCAAAGCUUUUGUACACGUGUCAACCGCCUUCGCCAACUGCCAUCUUCAGCAAAUAGAGGAGAAGUUCUACCCUCCGCCCACUAGUUGUGAGAAUCUCAGCCAGCUUACCCAAUGUGUCCAGCCCGACUUGCUAGAUCAGAUCACCCCUCAGAUCCUGGACAAGUGGCCCAACACUUAUGUUUAUACCAAGUCUGUGGCAGAGGACCUAGUCCUACGGUACAGCAAGGGGCUCCCAGUAGCGGUUUUCAGGCCAGCUGUCGUGGUGGCUACCAACUCGGAACCUAUCCCAGGGUGGAUAGACAACCUGUACGGAGCCACAGGAGUGGUGGUGGGCUGUGGUACAGGGGUUCUACGUACCCUCCAGUGUGACUCUUCAGUCUCCGCACAGAUCGUCCCAGUAGACAUGUCCUGCAGUGCCAUCAUCGCUGCCACCUGGCAUGUCGCCAACAGAUCCAACAAAGAUUCAAACCAGAACAUCUCAAAGGAGGAGCCAAUGGUGCCUCCAAUAUUCAACUAUGUACCUUCGGCAGAGAGACCAAUCACAUGGGCAGACUUUAUGUCUCUCAGCUACACACAUGGUCUACAGGUGCCACCCCUCCAGACCAUGUGGUAUAUCUGCCUUACCCUCCAUACCAGCUGGUUCAUGAACAAGUUGUUUGUGGUGCUCUUUCACUUCCUUCCCGCAAUCAUCAUCGACCUCAUUGCCAUGCUCUUUGGGAAACGUACAAAUCUGUUGAAAAUCUACAAGAAGAUCAACAAGUUUUCUGACGUGAUAGCUUACUUUGGCACCCGCACCUGGGACUUCAAGAACACAAAUACACAAGCUCUCUGGCAAAGUCUAGAGGCAAAAGACCAGCAACUGUUCUUCUUUGACAUGAGUCAGCUGGAUUGGAACAAAUACUUCUACUGGUACACUAGGGGUGUACGGCAGUACCUGCUGAAGGAUGACCUCAGCACAGUGCCUCAGGCUCAGAAGCGACUCAGAAGAUUUUAUUGGGCUCACCAAGGGCUGAAGAUGUUAUUUGCGUACUUCAGCAUCAAUAUAAUCUGGAGUGUGACUAGUAUGUUGCUGACAAUGACGUAGUGGUCAGUGACAGUCCUCUCACCUCAACUAUCUUGCCUUGCUUCGGCCAAGACAGAGUCAUUACUUGUACAUAUAGUCUCUAGGAAGGAGCAGUCAGUUACUCAUUGAAGGAAAUUAGCUUUUAAGAUGCUCAUGUUGUUGUUUUAAUUCUCUGUUUUAUUUAAGUUCUGUACAGAAUAGAAGUAAAAUUGUAAAUUUUAUUAAUAAAAGCUUUAUUACAACUACCA